AUGAGGGCCUGCUUAGUAUUCCUUUGCUUACUGGCAGCAACUUUUGCCCUGUCUGUAAAGAGUAAACGUCAUGGAAAACAUCAUGGAUUGCAUCAUGGAUUGCAUAAGACCUCACAUAAAGCCAAAGAAAAGGACAUUAUCACAGAGGAGGCCAACGAGCCGCAGAUCUUACCCACUCUAGUCACGUUUGAGGCCAGCAGCCAGGAGCAGGAAGAUGAAGAACUGAGUUCCCAAGACAAUGCUAAUGCUAACAAGGAGGAGGGAGAGUUUGAGGAGACUGAAAGGAGUGAAAAAAGCACUGCAGUCCUGCUGAGUGAGGAGGAGCUGGUAGACCUCUUGAAGAAAGAAGCAGAAGAAGAGCAGGAAGCCGAAGAAAGAGUGCUAGAGGAAGAACAAGAAGUGGAGACGGACAAAGGCAAGGUGGAGUCUGGUGAAGCCGUGGAGAACGACGAAGCUGAGGUGAAGGAGAGGAAGUUGGACGACAAAUUAGAAAUAAAGGUGACAGAUGAGGAAGAAAAAGAAGAGGUAAAGGAUGAGAGUGUAGAGGUCGCUGACAUGCUGGAGAAAGACGAAGAUGUGGUGGAAAAUGUGUCACCCAAGGAAAAGGAGGAAAAGUCUGUUGUAAAAAUAGCAGAAAGAGAGGAGCAAUUUUCAUUGCUGGAGGACACAGAUGGAAGCACAGAAUCAGAGAUCCCAGUUGAUCUCGACUAUGCUGCUGACAGUGGCAUCUUACAACCGCUACAGAUUGUAUCAGCUAAAAUAAAACCCAAAACAGCUGUUAAGGAGACGGAAACCAGUGAGAAAGGUCUGCCCGACAUUGCAGAUGACUACGAACGAGACACACAAAACACUGAGGCAGUGGACGGUGAGCAAGUGUCUGAUCAGGACGAGGACAAAGAUUCACAGAACAAAUCCAAAGAUGUUGAUGAGAAAAAACCUGAAGUACAUGUGGACCCACAAGAACCAAAGAGCAGCACAGGGUUUGAAUCAGGAUCUGAAGCGGCUGGAAAGGAGGAAGAGAAAAGUAAGAAUGACAGCGGAAGUCACACCAACGGAAAAACAAGGAAGCAAAAGAAGAACAAGAGGGCAAGGAAGCACUCUCCACAGACGGAGGAAACACAGUCUGAACCAGAACAGAGCCAACAGGUUCCUCAGCUGUCUGAGGGCGGCAGUAUUGACAAUACAGUCCAGAAGGCAAAGAGGAGAAGGGCAGGAAAAUGGGGUCCUUUAGUAGGAAUGAAUCCAGUGCAGAUAAGAGCCACAGUGGAUCUCUACCCGAGCUCCAGGCCCUCUCUUGGCGGAGGCGUGCAUCGCCCAGAAGCCCCUGCUGAUCCAUGUGACAACUUUCCCUGCAAACGUGGAAAGACGUGCAAACUUGAUGCGGAAAAUAAGCCAAGCUGUGUGUGUCAAGAGCCGUCAGAGUGUCCUCCCGGUGUGAAUGAGUUUGAUCAUGUUUGUGGAACAAACAACAAAACAUAUGAUACAUCGUGUGAACUCUUUGCCACUAAAUGCAACCUGGAGGGAACUAAGAGAGGUCAUAGACUUCAUCUGGACUACACUGGACCAUGCAAACUAAUACCUCUGUGUGUUGACACUGAGCUGAUCCAGUUCCCUCUACGAAUGAGGGACUGGCUGAAAAAUGUGCUGCUGCAGCUCUAUGAACACGACUCCAUUGCUCCUGGCUUCCUCACACCCAAACAGCGUUUUAGAGUGAAGAAAAUCUUUGAGAGUGAGAGGCGUCUUCAUGCUGGUGAUCACUCUGUUGAGCUGCUUGCACAGGACUUUGAGAAGAACUACAACAUGUACAUCUACCCAGUGCACUGGCAGUUUGCACAGCUGGACCAACACCCUUCAGACAGAGUCUUGACCCACUCAGAGCUGGCCCCACUUCGAGUCCCUCUGGUGCCGAUGGAGCACUGCACCUCCCGCUUCUUCCAAGAGUGCGACGCUGACAGGGACAAGCAGGUGUCCUUUAAAGAGUGGACUUCCUGUUUCGGUAUCAAGAAUGAUGAUAUGGAUGCCAACCUGCUAUUCUGAGCUUAAUUUUGUACUCCAUCGACUACACAAGCAGCUUGAAACGGUACA